AUGCAAAGUGGAAGAACACAGGCUGAGGCUGUUACGAGGAAAUUACUUCGAGAAGCACAGGAAAAGUGUAAAACAACAACUACAACUUCCACAACGACAACAACUACCACAACAACGACUACUACAACAACAAAUCCAUUUACGGGGUGCGAACAAGAUUUAGUUCUUGUUUUUGACUUUUCUACAACUACAGAGCCUGUCUACAAAGACUAUAUACGUCUUGGAGAACAAUUAGUCUCUCAACUUUAUGUUUCUCCCAGACAUACACGUGUUGCUCUUAUAACUUUUAGUAGUCCUGGUAAAACACAUACUCACUUUGACUUGAAACAAUACAAAACUGGAGAUCAGGUAAUAAAGGCAAUACAUGAUGUUCAGUAUAUUGGGGGACUUACUUCUGUUGGCCAAGGCAUUCAUGAAGGGGCAAAACAGGCAGAUGUUCACAAAGGGGGGAGACCCGGGCUUGCAAAUAAAAUAAUGAUUAUUUUCACUGAUGGAUGGCAAAAUAAAGGACCUGAUCCAGGUAAAGAAGCAAAAUUGGCAGAAGCUCUAGGCUUCAAAAUUUACUCUGUUUCUGUUGUUGUGAGUUUAUUUAAAUAUUCGAAUCUCUAG